AUCAAGUAUGUAUCAUUUAUCCGUGAAGUGAAUGUCAGCCAUGUCAUGUGUGCAUCACGCCAAACCAGCCACACCUCUCUCUGCCCCUCUAACCGACCAACACACCCACACGCCAAUACGCUAGCUUGUUCCUCACUCAUGUGUAUGUACAUCAACAGAUCGAUCAACCAAUGAGUACUUACAUGCGAUCGAUAAGCGGGUGGCUGCCUCUGCCAUCCAUCACAUCACUGGCCCCCCUCUCUGUCAUGGACCUCCUUCUUCACCAGGGGCGGGGUGGGCAGGUGAGGCAUCAUGGGAUCGUCGCUGUCUGCUUAUUGGGCUCCUGCUUGAUGCUGAUGCGGCUGUGUCUCGCCGGCUCCUGCUUGACGGCCGCCGGGGUGGUCUUCGGGGCGUCCUUCACAGCCGACCUGAGGCAACAACGGAGCUUGUUUUGCACUGCCUAGUGCAUGUGUGUGUGUGAGUGUGUGUGUACUUGAUGUCGAUCUUGGUCAUUCGUUUAAGGCGGUCGGUGUUGACCCACACCCUCGCGCCAUCCUCCAUCUCAACUCGGUACCACGGCUGCACACAUACCGACCGUACACGGGCGGACAGACAAUGCAGCACAGCACAGCACAGCCACACAGAUUUGCUUGCAAUGCGUGGAUCUCUCUCCCUUUGUCUGUCUGUCUGUCUCUCUCUCACCUGUCCCUCCCUAAUCUCGCAAGUGAUGAUCCGCUUGUACAACACACCGCCCUCCCCCGCACCAUCCAAACCACCGCCACCACACCCACCCUUCUCGCCCUUCUCCUCCUUCUCGCCCUUCUUGGCCUCAUCUUUGGGCUCUGUCUUGACGGCAACAGGAACGGCAGCAAGAGCAGCGGCAGCUGCGGCUGCUGCUGCCUUCCGUCUCUUGGUCACCGAGCUGCGCUGCUGCUGUGGCUGUUCCUGUGGAUGUGGCUGUGGCUGGGAGGGUGGCUGCUGCUGGGAGGGUGGCUGCUGCUGUUGCUGCUGCUGCUGGUUGGCUGGGUGGACGGUGUUGGGUCGGUAGCCGCUCAUGAAGGUGUGCAAGGGGAGCCGAGCUGCUGGGAGAUACUGGCCCUGGGGGCGGGGCGGGGCGAGAAACGAAAGAAGGUCCUUGUGUGUGUGUGUGUGUAUGGGGAGGCCGUUACCUGUUGGUAUGUGGCAUACAUGUGCAUGCAUACCUUUGGGGCGCCGCGAGUGGGCAGUUCCUCGUCAUUGUCAACAAAGCGAUGCGACAGCAGAAACCUGCUCAGCAGACAAUGAGUGUCAUCGAUCGGUCUGGUGCGUGUGUGUGUGGGGGUGAAUGAGCGGGCGGGGGGCCUGGUCUGGUUCUCACUCAUUGAUGGGGUCACAGUUGAGCGGCUCGUCUGUCUGCAUGGUGCUCUCAGCGAACCGCCGCAGCGCCUCACGGUCACCCACGGCAUCUUGCGGAGGCGCCACACCACAGCCGCCCUCAAUGCAACGCGGAAACUGCACACACCACACACACACACACACACGUGCAGCCAUCUGGUUGUCUGUUUCUCUCACCCAGAUGCGGACGAAGAAGUUGUUGGUAGUGAGUACGUCCUCGACAGUGACGUCCAGGGCCAUCUCGCCCACAGCGUAGGUGAAGACGGCGCCCUUCUUGGCCACACGCGCCAGCCUGUGUGUGGGGCUCUUGGGGUGGUCGGCCGUGGACGGCGUGAGGGUGGUCUUCUUGUCGGGCAGAGUGAUGCUCACGUUGGCCGCGGCCUCGGGGCGCUGACAUUUAUUCGUUGGUUCGUUGAUGGAUGACAUCACACAGAGAGACAAGGGAUGACAGAGAGGCAUGUUUGAUCCAGAAGCGGAGCAGAGGGUGGUUUGGGGUGUCAGGCUUACUUGGUAUUGGAGGCAGUGGAAUAUGAUGCGAUGGAGGUUGAACAGCGUCACCGAUGAACUCACUGACCGAACGACCCCACAACACACCCAGACAUCGAUUCAAUGCCCGUGUUGUGUUGUGUUGUGUUGUGUUGUGUCUCCCUCCCACCCUCCCAUGGGUCGAUCGACUCACUGGCAGCGAUGCGUGUGAAAACGUCCCUGCCUUCGUGCCUCCAGACAACCCGCAGCUGCACCAGCUCCACCCUCUCUCUCCCCCUACCCUUAUCCUUAUCCUUCUCGCCCUUAUCAUCCACACCCACAUCUCCGUCACGCUCCCGCUCUCGCUUGACGCCCCUCUUCUCUCUCUGCUCGUUUCUCUCCACUGGUGGUCCGAUGCGGUCGCUCGGCUCUGUCUUGACGGUGCCUGGGCAGGGGCGAGGGGAGGGGCGGGGAGGGGGUGGCGGUUGGGGUGCGUGGGUCUGUGGCUUGAGUCGCGAUAUGAGGCGCGUCAGGGGGAGGGUGAAGAUCUGCAGCGCUGCCGACUCGUUCUGCGAUGCCGGCACAUUCUGAUUAGGCGGGGCCAUGGGAGGAGAGCGAAACAGACAGGCAGACAUCUCUGGAUGGAUGGAUGCGUUCGUCAUUUGGUCUCUCUUGUUUGUUGUUUGCUGACUGACUGACCGGCACUGCUGGGAAGGGCCUGGAGCCUUUCUUUUUGUUCAUGCUGAGAUUGGCCGAGAAGCAGCCUUUGAUGAGCGAACGGUUGACGGCGUCGAUGUUGAAGGGCGAGUGGGGUGAUGACUCGGUGGGUGCGGGUGGGUGUGGGGGUGUGGGUGUGGGUGGGGUCCAUGCAGCGAGCCUGUCGGCGUCCUCACACACGGAGGCGGGGGGGGCCUUGCCAGUGCUACCCUCAGAAAUGCAACGCGGAAACUAAACAAAAAUAAUUAACCACAACACCACCCACGCCCAUAUUCGCACACUUGGCGUGGAUAUGGCUUGUAGGUGUGUGGUCUGUGUGGUGUGUGUGUGUGGUGUUCUGACCCAGACGGUGGACACUUUGAUGCCCAUCUUGACUUGCUCCACAGUCACGUCAAAGGCCAGUGCGCCGUGCUCGUAGCUCCCCACCUUGCCCUGCCACCCACCGCCUUUGCCAUCGUCAUCGCCAUCUGCCUCUCCGUCUUCAUCCUCGAUGAAGCUGCUCACACGCGGGUUGCCGGAAUAGCCGGCCUGGUUGCAGUAGACGGCGUCGGUGUGGCGGUACACAGUGCCGUCGGGCAGCUGCAUACACAGAGGGAGGGAGGGAGGGAGGGAGGGAUGGAGGGAGAGGGGUGGGUGGGUGUCUUCCCUCUCUCUCUCUCUGUGUGUGUCUUCCUUCCUUGUUCACACAUACACACAUCCAUCCAUCCAUACCGUCCAGUUGUGUGGCAUCAUGUUGCUGUGGGGACGCUCUUUGUGCUCCAGGCACAGCGUCAUGACUCUAUGCAUAUCUGAGACAAAGAGAACAAAGAUAGAUGGGCAGAGAGUUAACAUACUGCCUAGACUACACGACUGCGGUGUGCGGUAUUGUUCAUCGUCCGUCCGUCCUUACUGUACAAGGUGUAUUUCGACGUCACCCCCACAACCCUGUGUGACACACAGUGGAUGGAAGAGGAACAUUACAAUGAUUGCACAUGUCUGGUGAGUAAAGGCAAUGCCCAACAUCAGGUGCGGUGUGCGCAUCAGACAACCCACCGGACGAUCUUCUCCUCUCCCGGUGCAUUCCGGCUCUCGAACCGCAGCUGCACAGCGUUGAGCAGCACCAGCCGCUGAUGCUGCCUGCCACGACCACCACCACCACCACCAGCAGCAGCCCCCUUGCCGAUCCCCUUAUUGCUCUUAUUCUCCUCCCUCUUCACACGCUGCUUGGCCUGCGCCUUUUUCUUCGGCUGCUGCUGCUGCCGCUGCACCUCUCGCUUCUGCCGACGCAUUGGCAGUGGGGGGGAUGGCGGGAUGGGUGCUGGUGGUGGCUCGUGCACGGCCGUGUCGAUGUGCUUGAGCUGCUCGGUGAGUGGUUCGCGCAGGGGCGAUGUGAAGAAUGAGGGGAGAGGUGUGGAGGCCAGGCUGAGGACCUGCGGCCACAGGUGGGAGGGCAGGGAGGCCUGACGGGCAGCACAGCACACAGACGGGGGGGGGGCGGAUGGAUGGAUGUCCGAUGGAGGGCCACUGCACUGGGAGAUGUGUCUGUCUGUGUGUGUGUGUGUGUGUUUACUGGUAUGCCGUGCGAUAUGCCGAUCUUCCACCGAAACGCACUGCUCAGCAACACUCUGCAUUUAAAGGGAAGGAAAGAAAGAACAACUCAAUCGUGCGAAAAUCGUCCUUCCAUGCGCGACAGACAUGUGGGUCCCGAUCUCACUCACCUGUUGACGGCAUCGAUAUCGAUUCUGGUGGCGGCGCGGUGUCGUGUGAUGUCGUCUAUGCUGCCGCACGCACUCUGGGGCGGUGCCACGCCCUUGGAACCCAUACACAGACGAGGCGCCUGCAGACAGAACAAAGAGGCGAGCGAUGCCAUACACACGCAUGUGUAAUCAUUGCCCCUCUCCCUCUCUCUCUCUCUCUCUAUCACACACACACACACACCCAAAUGGAGUCUUCUUGGCGCUUGUGCGUCGCCACUGAGAUGAUGCGCAUCUCGCACUCCACUGCACGCCACCACACACACCACACCACACCACACCCGUCUGUUGGUGUGUCCUCUGUGCGCUGUGCGUGAGUCCUUCCUUACACAUGUUGGUGUAGUAUUUGAUGCGCAGGAUGGAGGGAUCUAUGGUGUCACCACACAGGCUGAGCAGCGUCAGCCGGCUGUCCUGGUCGGUCGUCAUCGACACGUCACUCAUCACCUGCACACAGCACAACACAGCACAACACAAUACAAUACACACACAUCUUAGAUGUGCUUGUGAAGACAAGGUGACAAUAUAUAUUUUAUUUCGUACGUCUGGUGGUCCGCUGCCAUAUGGUCCUGAUGGGAUUUCUGGUGAGUCGUCAUUCUUGACUGCAAACAGGUGGAUGGCACGGUCAGACUCCUCCUGCACACACCCACACACCGACACACCGAAACAGACAGACAGACAGACGGAUGGAUGAAUGGAUGGAUGGAUGGAUGCCUAAACGCCUCACUGACUGACGCCCUCACUCACUGACCUUAUAGCCGAGGACACACAGAAUGCACCUGAGCACAGGCACACAAAGAUGCCAUCCAUGCCAUCCAUCCAUAUGCCAUCGUCAGUCACAUCCCCCGCCCCCCCUCUUCAGCUCAGCUUGCUUACCGAUGGAAGUCGAAGAGAGUGAUGGCUGCCGGGACGACGACGCGCCGCACCACCUCGCCCUCCACACACAUGUCACUGCUCAGCCUCAACUCCAACACAUCAUCCUCACGCAGAUGCACACUCGUCCCCCCAACACCACCACCACCAUCACCACCAGAAGCGCGGUUGCAACCCUCCUCCACCAUAUGGUCAUGAUUCUCACGGUAGCGACUGCCGGUGGAUGCGCUCCGGCCGCUGUUGAAUGCGUUGAAGGGGGUGGGGAUGACGUCUGUGGGGAGGUUGGCCUGUUCGAAGAGCUUCUGAAGCUCCCCUCUGGCUAUCCUCCGCUCCAGAUCUGCGAGGGUGAAGCCGGGGAUCCUGCUGUCCGCAAACAGGUCAUCGAGGUGCACAUCGCUGGCGGGCGCGGCGGCCGUCGUGGCGAUUUCGCCUCUGUGAGCCAUGGAGUGGGUGC